UUGCCAUUACGGCAUUGGAGUUUACGAAUCCGAAGACAAUGCACGGAGUGGCGAUUUCAAUUUAGAAUCGGUUCUUUUGCUUUCGGAAUUCAUUUUUCUCUUCUCUUCUGCUGUUUUCUUGGUUGUUUUUGUUUUGAAUUUCGUGGGUUCUAGUUCGAAAAAGGGGAUUUUGAUGUUGAUGGGUGAUAGGGGUUUAGUGUGGGGUUUCCUCUGCUGGUGGCUACGGUUGUUCUUAACUCGUGGAUUCGAAGGUUGCAAUGGAGACGAAUAAGUUGGGGGAAAACGAGUGAUGGGUUGAAGGUGAAUUUGUUGGAUAGGUUUGAGAAAUUGGAGGAGGAUUUAAAGAGCUUGAUGAUUGUGAUUCGGGGUUUGUCUCGGAAGCUUGAGAAGUUGGGCAUAAGAUAUAUGGUUACACGAAAAACACUGAAGGAUCCAAUUGCCGAGACUGCAGUUUUAGCUCAAAUAAAUUCUGAGGACACUCGAACUUUGGCUGUGCAAGAAGAUAUUCUUGAAAAAGAAUUCCUUGAGAUGCAAAAAGUCUUGCUAGCCAUGCAGGAACAGCAACAAAAGCAACUGGAACUGAUUGUUGCUAUGGGAGAAAAAAGGAAACUCAUGGAAAGCAAACAAACGCGGGAUCAAGAACAGACAAGAAUUGAUGGACAAAAUUCAGCCAAUGUGGAAUCAAAAGAACUGGAAGCUUAUGAAAUCUGAGUGUGUCACAAAGGAUUUUGUUGAUGAAACGAGACUGAAGUGGAAUUUCUACACAGUAAGGUGGAUUGUUUCUGUACUUGUGAUCUUGAUUCUUGUGGCUGCUGUUUUCAAAAAAUUUUUAUUUGGUAGUUAUAAAGCUGGAUAAGAAUGCUGGAGAUAUGAAGAGGACUUGAGCCUUUUUCAGCAAUGGUAUGUAUGGAAUUUUGGAAUAUUCAUAACAUAAUGAAGAAUUUGUAUUGUCUGACAGUCAUAGUGUAGAUUUAGGCGAAUUUAGAGUCAAGUUUUGGUUGAUUAUGAAAUGAAGGAUGUAGACAGCCUCACAACCACCUAUAUUGGAAGUGACGGAACCAAAACGCAGGAACCAAUGAUAAAGAAGAAAGAACAGUUCCGGAAGCCAAUUCGAGCCUAGUUUAACUAGUUUUAACACAACCAAUCGACCAAAGGGUCAAAAAGAGUUGAAUCGUCGCCUCUACUUGUUGAACUAAUAAAAGAAUUGGUGGUGAGAGGAAUUGGAAAUGCUAAAGACUUGUUAGAUGGCUCCUCUAAUUUUUGGUAACAUAAUUGUACCACCAGCCUUAGAAACUGAUGCUUGACGUCUUUAAGGUUGAUCCAGUCGACAAAAACAUAGUUUCAUCUUUUGAAAUUAACUCAUCUUCAUAUAUGGGAGUGUUGUUAAA